AUGGCCGAGAGCACGAGUCCAAAAGGCAGCUCUGGUGACAUUGCUAAAAAAAUCCAAAGACAGCUGAGCAGAGGCAAAGAAAAGGUGCUGCAAAGGCUGGGAAAGACGGUGGAGAGCAGAGAUGACCAGUUUGAACAUUCUCUCCGACAGUUUAAUGACCAGCAGACUGAUGGGAACCGAAUAUACAAAGACCUGAGGAACUACAUUAAUGCAGUGAGAGACAUGCGCGAGGCCUCCAGGCGCCUUUCUCAGUCUCUGUUUGAUUCUUAUGAAACUGACUGGGUUGGAGAGGAAGAUUUAGGAGCCAUUGUCGAGGGGGAGGACCUCCUGUGGAAUGACUACGAGGUGAAGCUGUUAGACCAGGCCGUCCGCACCAUGGAGUCCUAUGUGGGCCAAUUCCCAGAUGCCAGGGAGAAAAUAGCCAAAAGGGGGAGAAAACUGGUCGACUACGACUCUUCCCGUCACCACCUGGAGGCACUGCAGACUGCUAAGAAGAGGGAUGAUAUCAAGAUAACCAAGGCAGAAGAGGAGAUGAAUGCUGCCAAAAGUAUCUAUGAAGGCAUCAACAAUGAGUUAAAAGAAGAGCUGCCUGUGCUUUAUGAAAGCCGCAUUGGAUGCUACAUUACAGUCUUCUCCUCUUUGUCAAAUUUACGAGACAUCUUCUAUAAGGAAAUGAGCACGCUCAACGCUGAUCUACAGAACGUGUUAAAGGAGCUGCAGGCCCAGCACCCGGACAAAGUGUUUGCUGUGAAAGGACUGCAACGGUAUGGCUCCCUGAAGAGACGAACUCUGAUGUCUCCUAAGGCCUGGAAAGCCAGCUUUUCUGAGUUUCACAGGAGCUAUAAUCCUAAAUUUGGCCAGAGGUUUAGUUUCAAGUCCCCGGACAAACCUCGCCACAGCAGUCUGUCCAGAGACAGCAGCUUCAUUGGAGUCUCUUCGCAAUCACCUUACCGGGAGGACCUCUCCUCUCAGUCCAGCGACCUGGACUCAGGAUUGAGCCACAGUGAGAUCCACAGCUCACUCGCAGAAGAAGACACUGCAGCGGGGACGGCUGUAAGCGAGUCGAGAGAAGACAGCAAUCAGGUGGAAGAGGAGAAGGGCAUGAAGGAAGAGGAGUCUGGGCCUAAGCCUCCUGCAGAGUCUGACCACAAGGGAGAUGGUGAGAAAGCUCCAAGUGAGAGCAGCUCUGAACUGAACAACUCCUGUGAUUCGGAGAGCCUGGAGCUCCAGCUGUCUGCAGCAGACAACGGCCCGCUGCACAUCGAAGAAACAGAGGACACCGCAGCAGACCUCGAAACUCCUAAACCAAACGGGCUGGAGAAUGGUGAAGUUUCUGGGUUUAAGGACCCGAGUGUUGCUCACAAGGACGCUCCUGUAGAAAAACAGGCAUCCCUGGAUGCAAAAACCACAACGGUUUAA